CUGGCACAGGUGUGUAUCUAGGACAGCUUUUAUUGUGGAGGUGCCUCCUGUCAGAGCAGUACAGCUUCCUAUUGAGAGUCUCCUGAGAGGAGGGUGAGGUCCGAGGCAGUGAGGAGCUCUGUAACGGGACUGUGAAGAUGAAAAUGAGGCUGCUGUCUGUGAUCCUGCUGCACGGUGUGUGUGUGCUGCUGCUGUCUGCACCGACUGUUUCUGCAGUGUCUCUGAGUGUAACUCCAGAUCACAAGCAGUUCUUCAGUCCUGGUGCUCUAGCGAUUCUGACUUGUGUUGAUGAUGAUGGAAAAACAGUUGAUGAAUGGACAGUGAAGAGGACCAGAGCAGGACUCACUGAGAGGUGUGGAGCAGCUGCAGGCCUUGUUCUUGAAAGGUCUCAGUGUCAACUUCAGUUGUGCAACCCCUCUGAUGGAGCUUACUUCUGUGAAAGCUCAUCUGGACGGCGUAGUGAUGAAGUCAACAUCAUUAUUUCAGCUGGUUCCCUGAUCCUGGACAUCCCUUCAUCUCCUGUGUGGACAGGAAGUAAUGUGACUCUGCUCUGUCAAUCCAAAGAGGGUAAACAGAGGAACUCUGAUUUCAAUAAAAAUGGUGACAGAAUUGGAUUUGGUCCUGAAGGAACGUUGACUCUCAUUAACGUUCAGAAGUCUCAUGAAGGUCUCUACUCGUGCUCAGCUGGUGUUGAUAAGAAGUCUCCUGAAUUCAGACUGACAGUCAGAGAUCCUCCUCCUACUACUGUAAAAGAUCCUUCUUCUACCCCUAAAGCAAUCACUCAGUCUUCCAGAACAUCAACCCCCCAAAGUACCAGUAAAAAAGACCCUGAAAAUACAAAUAAAAAAAACCCUCCUGCUAACAAUAAAUCAAAAAGGAAAGAUGAGGAGGAUGAGUGGGACUGGCUCCCAUCCUCUGGCCUUCCUCUCACAGCCUCCAUCAUGUCAGGUCUGGUUUCUGUGGUUUUCCUGGUUCUGGUUUGAGUUCUGCUUUGGAGGAAGCUAAAAGGAAAGUGGGGACACUCACUGCCUUAUGGAGGACCUUCAUCCUACUGUCUCUGAUUGGCUGCUGUUCUGUGACAUCAUUGCCCCCCCC